UGAGUGUGUGCGCGCGUGUUUGUGUGUGUGUCUAUGACGUCGCCACAACGCUGUCUCGUAGCCCCGCCCGGCAGAGAGUGACGUUUGGACGAGAAUGUCGCCAGUUCACCUCAGUUCCAGACAUGGCAGCGUUGAGACAGGAGCAUCGGUAUGGACUCUCCUGUGGAAAGAUUAAUAAAAGCAUUCCCAACAAAACCAUCUUUCACGUCAAACUAACCGACACGGCCAUCCGGACGCUGGAAGCCUAUCAGAAUCUUAAGGGGUCCUUACCAAAUCAGCCGGCAAUUUGCUUCAAGGGGAACCAGGGGUAUAUCAAGAUUCCAGCGUCCUCUGAUUCUCCUGAUGCUUUCCGUGUGUUCUCCUUCUACCUGUCCAGCGACAGUAAAGACAAACCUCAGGCCAGCUUUGAUUGUGUUCACCAGUUUGUUUCGGGAGAUGGCAGGGAUCGUCUGGAAGGUCAGGGCAGUAUUCAGGAUAAAAUCACAGUGUGUGCCACCGACGAUUCCUACCAGAUGACCCGCGAGCGCAUGUCUCAAGUGGAAAAGGACAUCUGGAGUCGCUCAGCCAUCGAAAUCAAACCUGGAUCUACACGUCCAAGUAAAUGUGUGAAGAUUAAGAAGAAACAGAGUCUUUCAGCAAGUUUUGACAGCACUAAUAAACAUUCACCGAGCAACAAGAGGAACGGUGGUCCCAGCCUGGUGACUCACAGGCCCUUGAGGGAGAGAGUUAUUCACAUAUUGGCCUUAAAGCCUUACAGCAAACCUGAACUAUUGCUCUGGCUGGAGAGGGAGAAAGCAAGCCCCAAGGACAAGGCCGACUUGAGCCCUGUGCUGGAUGAGGUGGCGAAACUCAAUCCCAAAGAACACAGCUUUACUCUGAAGGAUGAUUUCUACAGACAUGUGCGGAAAGACUGGCCAGGCUAUGUAGAGGAAGAGCGGCAACUCAUUCAGAGGGUGUUAGCAAGAAAGCUCCAGCCGCUCAGCAGCAGCAGCAGCAGUAGCCAGUUGAAAAGCUUCCAGUCCAGCCAUUCAUUCCACAAAACCUCAGGGGAUUCUCCAUCCCAACUCAGCCCUGUCAAGACUCCCUCCAUGAAACGCCCAGUGCCUUCCGACCAUCCAGAAAGUCAGACGCCGAAAAAGCAACGUUUAUUAGAGCAGAACAUCCCCUUACAGUCUCCUUCCAAUGGACAUCUCAGCUCGUCUGUGGGCCGCAGCUCUUCCUCUCAUGGAAACACAAGUUUGCAGAGAGGUCCGAACACAGAUGAGUUUUACCAGAGGCACAAGCUCAACGAGGGCAACAGUUUGCCCAAAACUGAGCAGCCCGAACCAGCAGCGUCCAGCCCCCACAAACACCCCAGAACUGAACCGGAAAUCUGCACGGACCAGCAGCUCGCAAACGGCCAGCACAAAAAGAAGAAGUCCAAGAAGCAUAAAGAAAAGGAGAGGGAACGUUUAAAACCCGAGUGGGUCGAGACCAGUCCUGACCUCAAACACAACCAGGAGAAUAUUAAUGAUCACGAACGGCCCAACACACCUGUCACCCGCGCCUCGCCUGAUCAGCUGCCCGACUAUUUAUUAAAAUACAACACUAUUACAGACUCUGAGCAGCGGCAAAGAUACAAAGAGGAUUUCUGUGCAGAGUACGAUGAGUACAGAGACCUUCAUGAGCGCAUUGGGAAAGUCACAGAGAUAUUUGUCCAGCUCGGAUCCAAGAUAAAAACACUGUCACCUGGCACACAGGAGUACAAGGUUAUGGAAGAUCAAAUAAUGGAGAAGUAUAAGAAGUAUAAGAAGAAGUUUCCAGGCUACCGGGAAGAGAAGAAGCGUUGUGAAUAUCUUCAUCAGAAACUGUCGCACAUCAAAGGCCUGAUUCUGGACUAUGACCAAACACAAUUGCCAUCCUAGUGCCAGCCAUUCCUCUCUCCUUCUCCUCUUCAAUCCACUCAAAUGGACCAAAAGACUCCUCAGUGGAGAUAAACCAGGACCAAACGUCGACAAGGCAUUUCCAUGUCUUUCCUCCACACAAACUGGUUUACCGUGUGGAGGCCGAGGAUCGUAAGCCCAAACUAUCAAACAAAGGCCAAGACCUCUGACUAGUGACUUAAGCCCUUUAAAGUUUUCCUUUUUUGUUGUUGUUUUUCUCGUCCUUGUAAAGGGCUGGUCACACCAAGGAUGAUAUUAUACUAUAAAGAUAUCAUUAUAGAAAUCAUUCUGAAUGAACAAUAGCAGACCACAGGUUAUAACGAUAAUCAUGAAGAGAGUCAAUAUAGCUGAAAUCGAUUUCAAACAUCAGUGAAUCAGAAUCCUUUCUGGGAAAAAAAGUAUCCAUAAAUCUAAAACUGCCAGCUGGUAAAUUUUACCCAUUCACAUGACAAUGUUUUACAAGGCUAAAACUGUAUUAUAUUACUGUAUUCUGCCACUGGCUUCGCAAAGAAGUAUAUAAACUUUAAAAUAAUUAUUUUAGUCAUCAACUACUUCCACUGAGUGCUACGGUACAGUUUAGUACAGUACAGUACGAUUUGGUAUGGGUUGCCCUAUCAGACUUGUGUUUCUACUGAUAACGGUAACCUGACUGUGUACAACAGAAAGUUGCAAGUAACAUCAUUCUCGCUCAAACAAUAAAGCUGUUCGGGCUGUUCACAUAUCACGUGUCUUGCACACUCAAGUUUAUUAUUUCAAAUGUAGAAGUGUGGCAUACGUGCACAAUUAGAGCAAUGAAUCGGCAUCCCUCACAGUUUUCACACAUUAGAUCUGACUUGAACUGCAUUGUAAACAACAAUGGAGGACAUACGGCAGAUCCUUUUUUUAGCUGUCUAGGGUUUGUAUUUAAAAAGGGCACUUCCUGUGCUGUCAUUCCCCUGGCUUGUUUUACUUGCAAGCGACGAUUCUCUGUAAACCAAUAACGUUCAGUCUAGCUCCACCUUUUGGUACCGUACUGUUAUACUAGGUAGAAUUACGCAAGUCUCAAAGUGGUAUGCUAUAAUGUAAACAGUGGAAAUGGAAAUAAAUGUGUACCAUACUGUACUGAACUGUACUGCUCAAUAGAAACAAGCCAUAUGAUGUCGACCCAGUACACACCAUUCACCCUCUCUCAGACCUGCCGCCUCUAUGACACAUUUUGCAUCCAUAAAUCGCCACCUUGUAUCCAUUGUAAAUAGAAAUGAUUACAGUUAUCUCAGUGGGUGAAAGGUGUUGCCCAACACCCCAUUUACACGGAUCUUUGGCGUCAAGGCUUGAGGGCGUGUCUGAAGUUGGGGCUGAUGCGAUCGUCAUAGCAGCGUUAGCCAAUGAAAUGAGUCUGCAAUAGGCCACUGUCUGAGCUGGUGUAUUUGCAUACAGCAAUCUGAUUGGCUGGCACUUUCGUCGAUGCUUAAAAAGUUGAGCAAGUCCCAACUUCUGCAGCGAGCAACACCACUGAAGCGGCACAGAUCCACAAUGCAGUUCGGCAAUGCUUGACAUCACCCAUUCAAAGUGAAUGGGAAGCAUUAAAGCUGAUGUCCCGUGUGAAUGGGGAGUAACAACAUAGAAGUUGUGCAAAGAUGACAGAGAAAAAAAAGAAGUUAUAGAGUAUAGGUAAAUUUAAUCGCUUCUGAAUAAAUAUCUUAUUUUUAAUCUGGUUUUAUAACGAUUUUUAGCAACAGGUAUUAGUAGUGAUUUAAGUAAAAGUCAAUAAUUAGGAGGCUUGCAUAUGAAAACCAGCUAUAGGUAAAUCCAACCUUUAAAAAUAUGAAAUACCUCAGAGAUAUUUUGGCAUUAGUUUUAACAUCAUUGUCUUACCUCCUUCAAAGAAAUUUUGAAAAAUAAGAAUUUAAACAAAAGCUAUUUGUGUUGUUUUCACUCAUCUACAUUGGCUACGCUUGAUAAAUUGAUUUUUAUAUUAGAUAGGUUACACAAGCUGGAUUCACUAGCCCGAUGAACUAGAAAUGCAGCAAACUAUUGGGUUAAAUACAACCAAAAAUAGCAAAACCCUUUAACAUGGUUAUGGCACACUGUAAAUAUUUUCACAUCUCAUGCUUAUCAUCGCAGUUUAAUGCCUCUAAACAAAGAUGCCAAUGUGCCACACGCAAAAUGCCAGACUUAAAGCGUAUUUUUUUGGGAAAAUGCUUCAGACUUUCUAUUUUGUUAUUUGAUGUGUCAAACCGUAAACAAAACAGAGUUUUGCAGCAUUUUCACAGUACUUGUCACUCACUAUGAAAGGAUGUGAUGUGCAAUUAUGUCUGACACACUAUUAAUACAUAGCAUUUGCAAACACUUUAAAGUCAUGACACGCCAGCAUUUUUGCGUUCACUCUUACUUGAAUAUUUUGCUUGGUUUCGUCACUUCAGCUUUUUGUAAAGCGCUCUCUUUCACUGACGACUGACACUAAUUCUACAUGAUAAAUAGGUCUACUUGCUCCGACUUUAACCCAACAUGGGCCAACGUGUGGAAAACCUCAAACAAACUAGCUGGACCGAUGCUAAAUUACGCUUUCGGCCAUUGGUUUGGUGCAGGGAUGACCAACCCUGUUCCUGAAGAUCAAGCGACCUGGAGGUUUCAGUUACAACCCACAUCAAACACACCUGCCUGCAAUUAUCAAGUGCUUUUCCGGUCCUUAUUAAUUAGUUCAGGUGUGUUUGAUCAGGGUUGGAGCUGAACUGAAGGUAGAUCUCCUGGAGCAGGGUUGAGCAGCCCUGGUUUACUGUCAGAAGCAUAACAGUGUGCAUUGUCACUAGCGUAUUUCUGUUUUUCACUAAGCACUAACUAAUGUUAGAGUGAUUUUGCACAUUCACUCUACUCAAAAGUGAAAACCAUGUGGGUAUGAAUGCCAAAAAUGUCUUUAAAAAAACAGAUGAUAAGCAUGAAUGAAAAUCGUCCCAGUGUGCACGAGCCUUUAUGGUUUCUUCCAGCACCUCUUGUCAUUGAAAGAUCUAAUCUACACAACAGCAUCUGUUUUUCUUCCCUUUAGUGUCCAUAUAUAAAUCAACAGCUGAUCAUCGGCAUAUACACUAUUCAACUUUUUAACCGUUGAUCAAAGUUGUCCCAAAACCUGACACCUGUUCUUGUUUUAGGACAGUUUUGAAAAUCUUUUAUGAUCUACUUCAAAUGUCAACAUCUAUAUUUAAUAUAAUUUGAAACCGCUGUGCACUAUAAACAGAUCAUUAUGGUUCUCUAGUAUAAACUGUGAUAUAGUUAUUAUAUAUAUCAUUCUUGGUGUGAACGGACCUUAAAAAGUGUUGCAUUGUGAAAUUUGGUUAGACGUGAGACACAACUGAAGCCAAAAUAGUCUUAUCCCCAACCCAAAUGCAGCGUAUAUGUUUAGCUGUGGCCCUUUUCCUGCUAACUUCAGCUCUGAGCUCUGAUAUUCAGCGCUGCGGGAAGCAUUGGUGGUACAAUCAUUAAACCUGUACGAUGAGAGAUGAUUAUCUUUACUGUGUUCGCUGUCUGUCAGUGAUUUAUCGGAGAACUUAAGCACAGUUUCUAUUUUGAUAUUUUACUGAAUGUAUAUUUGUACACUUGUAAGAUCUCGACAUCUAUAAUAGAGCGUUUAAUCACUGGAUAGAAUAAGGGAAACCUCUGGGCUCAUCCUGAAAAAUGUAAGGUUGUCGUUUAAAUGGCAGACUCUUAAACCCUGGUGUGUUGUGGCACGGUGAGUUCUGGGAUCCGAAUUUAAUCUUCAAUUCCUGAAGCAAGUCGUGAAUGAGGAAAGGUGCUUGUCAUUGAGGCAUCAGGGUGAAAAAAAAAAGAAAAUCAACGAUAAAGUUAGAGCAGUGGUAAUACUCUCAUGAUUUAUUUUAUUUUAUUUAUUUGUGUCCAAGGUCCAGUGCUCAAACAUGUGGAAGCUUGUGUCUGACGUGGACGUGAAAUAAAUAAAUAAAUAAAUAAAGGUAAAUGCGACUUUUUGUCUCGCAAUUCAGACUUUUGUUUUAAAAUUGGAUAAAAUUAAUUUCAUAAUUUCAAUUUAUAAACUCUAAUAAUUGAGCAUUGCAAGAUAUGAACCGUAAGAAAUAAUAUCAGGGAUGUGAAGCAGCCUUUGUACUUGCAGUUGCGAAAAAAAAAAAAAACAGAAUUGC